UCUAGGUUGUAUUUACCUUGGUUUAAAACAUUAGGAGUUUUGAGAGUGUCUUGGCCAGUUUCCUUUCUGGAAUUGCGGUGUGAUAUAAUCAAGACACUUGCCUGCCUCUUUAAGUCUAUUGGUUGGUUGGUUCAGGUGUGGGUAAAGUGGCCAGUUUGAGGAACAACAAUGUUGUUUACAUUCUUUCUUUCUGAAAAGUCAGGAGCCACCGGCAAGAAAUGAAAGUGAAAUCAGGGGAUAGUGUCAUCAGUCAGCACAAAUGUGACAAAGUUCAGAGAGCUGUUUACUUAGGCACAACUGCGCCUGCCAGCCAGUCAUAAGCUCGGGGCUUAUGCUCGGGGCUGCAUCGUUCCAGUCUCCACCGGCCUCGUUUCUGGAACCUGACAUUAGGACGCAGCGAGAGAGAAGAAUCAAGCGAACAUGAUUUCCUGCUCCUCCUCUUUAUGAGUGUUUUGUGGGUUCUGCAUCUUCUUUUUGAGUGCAAGCUCAAGGAAGGCAAGCCCCUGCUUUGCCCCGCAUGUUACUGAUUCCCCAGGGCCUGUGACUCAGGGAAUCGUCCAACAUGUAUGAUCGCUGGAGUCACAAGAGGAAACCCUGGCCUCAUCAGUAGAACGGGGGGCAGUGGCUCUCCAGGAAGCACGGAGGAGCCAUCCCAGCACUGAGUAUAUAUGAGACGUAAAACACGGCCCCUCACCUCAAGAAGCUUUGCCGUCUUGUUAGAUAAGUACAUGCAGGACCUAAAGGGCGCUACAUGUCAUUUUCAUUCAAAAAAAAAAAAAGAGUUCCUACUGUGUAUCACGCACCAUUCUGGGAUAAAACAGCGAGUGGGAGCAUAAUCUUGGCCUUCAGCUACAGCAGAGUGUGGGCUGAAGUAGUCUGAGAAAGCUGGUGAAAAAUUAGUAGGACUCAGAGAGGCAGAGAACAGGGUAGGACUUGAGGAGGUGGAGUGCCUGAGCGGGUGGGCAGUCGGGAACGGGGACUGUGGGCAGGUGCCGGACUGAGCAAAGCAAGGGGGGAAGACCAAAGGGAGCUGGACCUCACUGGAGAACCCAAGUUCAAGUUCUAAGCCAUACCAGAUCGUGGUGAGCCUCACGUACCAGGCAUAGGAGUUGGGACUGAAUUCUAUGUGCAUAAAGGGGUGAGAGGAAGUAAAUCAGGGACUACCACCUUCUCCACACGCCGGCUCAUGGGCUUCCUAGCUCCAAUUUAUUUUGUCUCACUCUCUGUUGAAAACCUCGAGAGAGAAGAGGAAGUCAGAAACAAAGGCCCUGGGUGCCUGGGGAGCUGCUGAUUGACAUGGCUCGGGCAGUCUCCUCUGAGAAGCCCCGGGAAUCUUUUUGCAUUAAGCUUAAUAUAUACAUAUAUUUUUUUAGCCCAAGUGUAACAGGCUUGAAAUAGGAGAAGUAAGAGGGAGCGUUUACACAAAGGCACCCCAACUCCCAACCUGGACCAUGGAGGCAAGUCAAAUCUCAUUUCCCACUGCACCAUGGUGUAAAUCCGGAUUCCAGUCCUGGAAAUCCAUCCUACACCCCGAAAUACCUAAAUGCAUUAAAAAUGGAGAUACAGGCUUUUACAAACAUUUGUUAAUAUGUAAAACCGUGCAAACUAUGUUCCUGUUGGGAAUUUUUCCCAUCCCGUGGGCUGCACCGGUUAAAACUUACCGUACCAAUCUAAUACCGUAGACUAAACACACUCUUCUUAUACCUGGUGAAUCUUUCUGUCUCUGCCAAAGGAGUCACUGAUAAAUCUUUAUUCUCAUCAGCCACCUACUGCAGACUGAACAUCUGUGUCCCCCCAAAGUUCGUAUGUUGAAACCUAACCCCCAACGAGACAGUAUUUGUAAGUGGGGCCUUUGGGAGGUGAUUAGAAUGGGAUCGGUGCCCUUAAAAAAGAGGCCCCAGAGAGUUCCUGGUCCCUUCCACCAUGUGAGGACACAGCAAAAAGCUGAGCCCUUACCACACUCCGAAUCGGCCGGUGCCUUGAUUUUGGACUUGCCGCCUGAACUGAGAGGAAGAAAUCUCUGUUGCUGACGAGCCACCCAGUCCGCGGUAAUUUGCUGUAGCAGUCUGCAUGGCCUGACGCUGCCCUCCCCCUCAGUCUGUUCCACAUCCUGCCCCCUCUCACCACGCUUUGUUUUUCCACGCGCAGGACAAGUGUGGGAGUGGUCAGGCAGACCCUCCAGCCAGCUCUGGGAAAGGUGAGGGGCUGCACCUCUCAAGGGGUCCCUCCAGAAAUUGAUCUCCAGGGCCACCACUGGCCACCACUCCCUGCACUGCCCACACCACGGGCAGCCCUGGCCGGGUGCACUGCAGGAUACCACUCUGUGUUCUGGCCCUGUGCUCCUAGGCACUUCAGGAUGGAAAUGGCUGUUUUGUUCCAUAUUGGCAAAUUUACAAAUAUGAAGGCAUAGUAUGCAGAUUACUGUUUGAGAGGCCAAUGUGGAGAAGUCCUUCUGAUUAAAAACUUAGUGAAAAUAUUUUUCCAAAAAGAUGACGAAGGUACAUCCUAUAUAUAUCGAUACUAUAUACUAUGGAGGGACUAGAGAAGGCAAGUUUCCUGUAGAUCAAUUUGGCAAAAUGCAGUAAAAUCACUAAAAAAUAUUGCUACCCUUGACCCAGUGAUUGCAGUUUUAGAUAUUAAUCCUAAGGAAAAAUCAGAUUCAGCAAAGUCUCAGGCCAAAGGUCAUUCAGUUAUGAUAUUUCCCGCCCUCAAAGCUGCCAGGAGGGCCCUUCCUCCUGAUCUCAACCCAGAGAGGCAGCUGAGGACUUAGCCCCUGGAGCCUGCCUGGAGGUUACCCCAGAUGUCUUGGUUUUAGUUUGGCUGUCUUGAAGGGAGUUUGCCACAGGUUUUUAUGGAAUUCCAGAAGGGAGAGCAGGAGCUUGAGAAGAAACUGGGAGGGAGACAGGGAGAAAUGGACACUCACGGCGUGACUUCCUGCAGGUACCCAGGAAGGCGCCCUGCGAAGCGCAGGAGAAGAUGCCCGUCCUAAGGUCAAGGCGGAGUAACCAACUGCUGUUCCUGGGAAUCAUGACACUCACAGUCACAGUGAUCUUUCUGCUGUUCUUUGCUCUCCUCUGGAAGGCCGGCAACCUUAUCGACUUGCCCAACCUCAGAAUUGGCUUCUACAACUUCUGUCUUUGGAACGAGGGCACUGGAGCCCUACAGUGUCACCAGUUCCCUGAGCUGGAGGCCCUGGGGGUGCCUCGAGUUGGCCUGGCCCUGGCCAGGCUUGGCGUGUACGGGGCCCUGGUCCUCACCCUCUUCGUGCCCCUGCCUCUCCUCCUGGCCUGGUGCAACAGUAACGAGGGAGAGUGGCAGCUGGCCGUGGGCUUCCUGGCCACGUCCUCCAUGCUGCUGGCCAGCGGCCUGGGCCUCUUCCUCACCUACACAUGGAAGUGGCUCCGGCUCUCCCUCCUGGGGCCUGGGUUUCUAGCUCUGGGUGUUGCCCAGGGCUUACUCAUCCUCUUGCUUAUGGCCACAGUCGUGUUCCCUCAGAGGGCAAAGGACAAGAACUUGAGAGCUGCUAGCUCUAAAGGCUUACGUGAUUGCAAGGGUUCUGUUUGAACUAUGCUCAGAGAAGGUGCCAGAGGAUUCACGGGCUGCUGUGUCUUCUCAGCCAUCCUGCUUCAUAGCUAAUACUGAUCUCAAGACUAGCAGACGGGACCCACCGCGGAGGGAGUAGGGCACCCGACGUCAAGGACAGGCAGCAAGGGCGGCCAGGGCUCCCUCGGCCACUUAGUGUAGGGUUGUGCGUCCUUUGGGACUUUUAAGGUUCCCAAGGUCACCCUAAAACCACACAGCUCAUUGUCACAAGAAUUCCUGCUUUAACUAACUGAUCUGAGCAAGCCAUUCUUACUUUAUCCUCAGAACAAUGGGGAGAUAAGGCUUCCUGUCAUGGGGCCAGAUUUCCAGUACAAGUUGCCAAACGCCAGACUGGAACCCAGUGAGGGUUUAUGAAGAAACACCUCAGGGUCCCUGGGGGCCCUGCCUGGCAGGCUCCCCAUCUCCAUCCAAGGCGGGUAGAACGCGAUGAGCCCCUCACCUCUGACAACGCUCCCAAAGGCCCAGGAAUAACCUGAGGGAUUCACCGAAGACAGAACACAUGGGCACAAAGAGCAGCCUUGGUGGCUUUGACGGUUCCCCUGAAAAGGCUCCCGGCUCCCUGAAGGCUCCCUGAAGGCUCCCUGAAGCCCGACAGAGCAGGGAGUCAGCGGGCAGAUCCCUCCCAGCACGUGACCUGGGAGUUCACGAGCCGAAGACACCGGGUCCCUGGUCAGGAGAGGAAGGUGAACAGGACUGAACAGUUCCACAUCCACGUGAAUGCUGCAUCCCCUCACCUCUCACCCCCGGCCCAGAAAGGAUACAAGCACAACUCACGCACUGGGGAACUUUGUGUAUUUUUCAGCACCUAUAUAUUGAAAACCUGUACAGCACGUGAUUGCCUCAUCCUAUGCCUGUCAAAAGCCACACUGAAUACAGAAGCAGAAACACGGA